AUGGAAGACUCAAAUGAAUAUCAGUGGUACUGGGAAACCAACAGAUUCUAUAAUGCUGAAGAACUCAUUGGCAGUUUGUCGCUGGAUAACACAUUAUCAGCCUACGUCGAUCCCAGUGCAGCAGACGGAGGCCAGCCUUCAUCAGGUGCAUCAAGAAAUAUAGUCUCCGAAAGAAACAGAAGGCAGAAACUAAAUGAUAGGCUCUAUGCCCUCCGAGCUAUUGUGCCUAACAUAACUAAGAUGGACAAGGCAUCGAUUGUGAAAGAUUCAAUAAACUAUAUUCAAGAACUGCAAGAACAAGAAGAAAGAAUUCAAGGGGAGAUAGCACAACUUGAGUACUCCAGGGCUUGCGAGAAUCAAGCAGAUCAGACAUCACUGUGUAAGAAGAACAAGAGAACUGUGCAUGAACAACAACAUCUGUCUUCCUAUGUCUCAGGAGGUGCAGGAUCAUCAGCAUCACCACCGAUCCAAGUCAUUGAGAUAAAAGUGUCGUCUGUUGUAGCAAAAACAAUUGUGGCGAGCGUGAUAUGCAGUAAAAGAACGAACACAAUAAUCAAGCUUGGCGAAGCUCUUGAAUCAUUGAAGUUUAAGAUUAUCACUGCCAAUAUUACUUCCUUCUCUGCUACCCUGACGAUGACAGUUUUUAUAGAGGCAGAUGAGAAGGAGAUAGAUACAGUGAAGAUAAAGAUUGAAACUGCUAUAGCAGCUGUUAACCAACGCAAUCCAAUGAGCUGCUAACUUAACAGUGAUGCAUAUGUUAGGUGCAGUAAUAUGUAAAUAUCACAGAUAAAAAGAGCAAAAUGGCGAUUCAGAUUACUACAUAUAAUUUAUAUGUA